AUGUAUCGAUUGUGGGAAAACCUUCUACCAGAGGAAAACUUUCCCUCGGAAGUCAAAACUUACUGUACAUCAGAGAACUCACACGGGGAAAAACCCUAUGAAUGUAAUGAAUGUGGAAAAACAUUCUGCCUGAAUUCAGUUCUUAUUAUACAUCAGCGAACUCACACAGGUGAGAAACCAUAUGAAUGUAAUAAAUGUGGAAAAACCUUUAGCCAGAAGUCACACCUCAGGGUGCAUCAGGGUAUUCACACAGGGGAAAAACCCUAUGAGUGUAAUGAAUGUGGGAAAACCUACCAGAAGGCAGUUCUUACUAAACAUCAGAGGACUCACACAGGGGAAAAGCCCUAUGAGUGCAAUGAAUGUGGGAAAACUUUUAGCCAGAAGUCAAACCUCAGGAUGCAUCAGGGUAUUCACACAGGGGAAAAACCCUAUGAGUGUAAUGAAUGUGGGAAAACCUACCAGAAGGCAGUUCUUACUAAACAUCAGAGGACUCACACAGGGGAAAAGCCCUAUGAGUGUAAUGAAUGUGGGAAAACUUUUAGCCAGAAGUCAAACCUCAGGAUGCGUCAGAGUACUCACACAGGGGAGAAACCCUACAAAUGUAAUGAAUGUGGAAAAUCCUUCUACCAGAAGUCAGUGCUCACUACACAUCAGAGAACUCACAUAGGGGAAAAACCCUAUGAGUGUAAUGAAUGUGGAAAAACCUUUCAUCAGAGGGCAAACUACAGCAGGCAUCAGAAAACACACACAGGCGAGAAACCUUAUAAAUGUAAUGGAUGUAGGGAAACCUUUUUCCAGAAAUCAGCCCUCACCAUACAUGAAAGAAUUCACACAGGGAAGAAAUCCCAUGAAUGUAAUGAAUGUGGGAAGUCAUUCUGCCAGAAAUCAUCCCUUACUAUACAUGGAAGAAUUCACACAGGGGAGAAACCAUAUGAAUGUAAAGAAUGUGGGAAAAGCUUUUGUCAAAAGUCAACCCUCAGUAGACAUCAGAGAACUCACACAGGCGAGAAACCAUAUGAAUGUAAAGAAUGUAGGAAAGCUUUCUACCAGAAGUAGCUCUUGCUGUACAUCGUAGAACUCACACAGGUGAAAAGAUCUAUUAACAUGCUGAAGGCGUGAAAAGCCUUAUUAGCAAAUCAUAUCCUACAGCAUAUCAGUGGAUACGUACAGGAGAUAAACCCUGCUCAUGUAACCAGUGUGAGAAAUCCUUCAGGUACAAGUCAAGCCUUACUAUCCAUCAGCGAGGUCACACAGGGAAAGCCCUAUGGCUGUAAUGAAUAUUGGAAACACCUUUUAGCAGAAGCCAAACCUUAGGAGGCAUCAAUAAAUUCAUACUUGAGAGAAAGCCUAAGAGUAUAAUGAAUGUGCAAAAACCUUUUGUCUAAAGUAACACCUUAGCAGGUACUAGGGAAUUCACAUAGGAGAGAAGUCCUGUGCGUCAGAGACUGGCUAUAUAUUCUACAAAUUUCACCCUUUUUUUCUCUUGGACACAUGGACUGCAUUCCUCAGCCCCAUGUUAUGUGACUGGGAUGCACAACUGACCUCUGCAGUAGACUCUACACAAGUUAGGGUUAGGGUCAAAUAUUCCUCCCUGACAUUGAAAAAAGAAACAUUUUAUUUUCUUCAGACUUUGAAGCAGGACUUUUAUGUAUGCUUUUGGAGGAAGUCACCAUGCAGAGUCCAUACUUGAGGAGUGGUGAGUUAGCUCCACCUCCUUGAUGGCUGAGUGUCUAUGUCAGGUAUUUGGAAUUCUUCUGUAUAAGAGAUUUCUAUUCAGGCCAUUUAUGUAUCAAUUUAAUCAUAAAUAGAUACCAGUAUGGAUGCUCAGUUACUUUAAUGUUUUGGUUGUUAUCCAAUUCUGCAUUAUUUUGUUGCUCUUUGCUUAUACCCUGUGGCCAUUGGGAGCUCUUUCCACUGGCUCCUUUGACAUAAUUUCGUAUAUUUAUUUAUUUAUUUACAAUUUCUUUCUGUUACUUCAAAAGUACCCUGGGUCAUAUAUUUUCUGUCGCAGUCCUAGUUUCAACCAGUUUUUCAAAGACCCCUGAUUUCCUUUGUUUGAGAAUGGCCUUAAAAACUUAUACCUGGCCACUAAAUGUGGUUAUUGCAUCAUGACCCUCACAGCUGACAGUACAAACAAAUAUAUGUGUGUGUUCUAACUUAUAUGUACCCACUUAAUUAUACAGGUUUCUACAUGGAACCAUUUGUGUAUAUAUAUUAAGUUAAAUGUGAGUUUAUAUCUACAUUUUAUAUAUGUAUUCUGAUCCAUUAUCACAGAGAUCAUUCCAGGUUUCCCACAUUUCUUAUCCAUAACUUCUCACUCUAACAGUAAGGAACCUGGCUGUCACUAUCUGCCAUUUAUUUCAUCCCUUGUUCCAUUGGGAACAAGGAAUUCAUUCUUGAUCCAGAUUCCAGGUUGGGAUUUAAUGGGAAAUUCUCCAGUUCAUAGUACAGAGCUCCUAAAACUUUUAUAAUUUCCUGAACAAUAGGGGUGCUAGUAACAUCUUGUGUUCUAACAUUUGGUCUUUGGCCCUGGUUCCUGACAUGGAGUUCCUAAAUUCCUUGGAAUCUCCUGAGUGAUAGGAAUGGCUUCUGUAAGGACCCUCUGUGGGUUCCUGGAUGGUUUCAGGAUGGGGGAUGGUCACCAGAAAGACCAAGCCAUGAUAAGAAGCUUGUAACUUUUAGCUUCACAUGCAAUCCUUUGAGGGUGUGAAGGGACUAGAGAUUGAAUUAAUAGUUGAUCAUGUCUACAUGAUGAAGCCUUCAUAAAAAUUCCUAAAAUAUGAAAUCUGGAAAGUUCCAGAUCAACUCUGUCAGAUUUGAUGUCUAGUGAGGGCUCAUCUUUCAUAGAUAGUGCCUUCUAGCCAUGUCCUGACAUGGCAGAAUUGGGGGGGAAAAGGCUCCUAGAUUAUUUUAUAAGGGUGCUGGUUUCAUUCAUGAGGGCAGCACCUUCAUGAUCCAAUCACUCCUCAGUUACCUCUGAAUACCAUCAUCCCUUUGGGGAUUAUGUUUCAACAUAGGAGUUUGGAGGGUAUACACACAUUGAGACCAUAGUAACUAGUAAACAUAAGUAAGUGUUUCCCUGAGUUCCAUAAGCCAUUAUAGCAAAUUACCAAACCUGAGGAGGGAGUGUAGGAGUGCAUAGUUUCUAGCCAAGUCAUAGAAGUUUGGGUAAACUGAGGAUUCACUACUUUUGAUUGGCACCUGAGGUUGGGGACAGUCUGGUGUUACUAAGCCCUUAACCUGUAGGGUCUGUACAAACUUCAGUAAUUAAUGUUAUAAUUGAAUUGUAGGACACUCAGUUGUUGUCCAGAGAGUUGGAAAAUUGGUUGGUGUGGGAAACAUCACCCACCCCAAUUUGCUGUCACAAGUGAAGUGUUGAGAGUAUAGGGGGAAAUCAUGGUUAUUUUUCUUUUUACAGAUACAAUGGUUUCAAAAUUAACUAUUAUCCCUAUGGGUAAUAACUUUAUAAAAUAGAUUCCACUGUUUAUGUAUAGUACAUUUUGCUUUUAGUCUGUGAAUUCUACUCAUUUCCAAAAUGACUUAGGUCAGUCAGUACCAUUGGCCCACCAUUUGCAACAUACGUUGGUAAUACAAUUAGAUUCUUAGUUGCACUCUGUAUUUUGUCCUUAGAUACGUCCAUAACCUAAAUAAUUUAAUUUGUGUAAUUCGUUCUUUGUGCUUUAAAAUUUUGUGGCUUUAAGUAUAUACAUAGUGUUGGAUAUCCACCACUAAAGUACCAGAAUACUUCAAAUCCCCACCCCAGUCACUCAUCUGAUUAUCAUCUUUGUAGUAAUGGAGUCAUAUAAUGUAUAGCAUCCUCAAGCUGCCACCCUUCACUUGGCAACAUACAUGCAAGAUUCAUUCAUUUAUUUUCAUGGGUUGAAAGUUCAUUCCUUUCUGUUGCUGAAUGGUAUUCCAUUGCAUUGUUGUACUUCAAGUUGAUUAUGCUAGUUUUUGUUUGAAAAUAAUUUUUCAAACAUCUGUCUAAACCUAUACAUUUUAGGGGUGCAUUUGUUUGAUUUUAGGUAAGACUUGUUUAUCUUUGGGAAAAACUGCCAAACUAUCUCCCAAAGUGGCUGUACAAUUAAUGCAUUCUCCUAACAGUGAAUGACAGUACCUGUUGUUCUUCAACCUCCAAUUGUUAUUGUUGAGCUUUUCUUAGAGUCUCGCAGUUCUACUAGGUGUGCAGUGGUAUCUCAGCAUUAUUUUAAUUUGCAGUCUCCUAAUGGGAUGUGAUGUUGAACAUCCUUUUGUAUAAUUAUUUGCUAUCUGUAUAUUUUCGGUGUUUUUUUUUAAGACAGUGUCUCGCUCUGUCAUUCUGGCUGAAGUGCAAUGGAGUGAUCUUGGCUCACUGCAAACUCCACCUCCUGUGUUCAGGCAAUUCUUUUGCCUCAGCCUCCCAAGUAGCUGAUGCCCCCCACCAUGCCUGGCUAACCUCCAGAUUUGGAGUUAUUUUUCAGGAUCGGUUUGGCUUUUCAGGAUUCCUUGAAAUUCCAUAUAAAUAUUAGGAUCAGCUUUCCCGUUUCUUUCCCAAGGCUUUUGUGAUUUUUGUAGGAAUAAUGUUGAAUCUGUAGAUUGCUUUGUGUAGUUUGGAAAAGUUAAUGAAUGUCAUCUUCAAAUCCAUGAACAUAACAUGUUUUUACAUUUAUUUGGGCUUUAAUUUCUUUAAGCAAUGUCUUAUAAUUUCCCCCUUUUAAGUCUUACCCUUUGAUUACAUUUGUUCCUAAGCAUAUUCUUGCCAUUGGUAUUAUUUAAAGUGAAAUUUUUAUAAUUUUAUUUUCAGAUUAUUCAUUGAUAGUGUAUAUGUAUAAAAUGGAUUUUUUGGCCAGGGACAGUGGCUCACACCUGUAAUGCCAGCACUUUUAGAGGCCAAGGCAGACAGAUCACCUGAGGUCAGGAGCUGGAGACUAGCCUGGCCAACAUGGCGAAAACUUGUCUCUACUAAAAAUACAAAUUUAGCUGGGUAUGGUGGCAUAUGACCGUAAUUCCAGCUUUAUUGAAAGCCCUUUCUGUAACAGCUGAGAAAAUUAUGGGGUGUUUUCCAUUCAUUCUAACAACACUAUGUUACAUGAAUGGUAUUAGGGUGUGGAACCGCUGUUGAUUUACUGGGAUAAAAAAUCAUGUUCAUGGGGUCUGAUCCUUUCAAAAUGCUGUCAGUUUUAAUAUGCUGUUAUUUUGUUGAAGAUGAUUAAGCCUAUAUUUCUGAGGUUCUAGAUCAGUC